AUGCCGGGCGCGCGGCGUUUGUUGGAACAUCUGCGCGCGCGCGGCGUCCCGUUCGGCUUGGCGACGAGCACGCCGGCGACGUAUUUAAAGGAGAAGAUGCGCGGACACGAGGACGUGCUGGCGAUGAUGGAUUGCGUCGUUACGGGAUGCAUGGUGAAUCGAGGGAAACCCGAUCCGGAGAUAUUCGUCGCCGCGAGCGCGAAAUUGGGCGCGGAGGCGAGCGCGUGCGUGGUUUUGGAGGAUACGCCGGUGGGAUGCGAAGCGGCGCGGCGUGCGGGGUGUAAAACGAUUGCGAUUCCAUCGAUACGCGAUCGGAAGUGCUUCGAAGCGUGGAGCGAUGUGGUUCUGCACUCGUUGUACGACUUGGAGUUGGAAAAGUUUGGUCUGCCGGCGUUCGACGACUGGUUGCCGGUCGGCGACGGGAGCGCGGAUCGCGUGUUGCCGGUGCCGACGAUCGAGAUGCGAGGGCCGGUGGUGAAGGGAUUCGGUCGGGGAUCAACGCAGCUCGGGAUUCCGACGGCGAACUUGGACAUUGUGCCGUUGAAGCAUCAAGUCGACUCGCUCGCGCCGGGCAUUUAUCUAGGAUUCGCGUCGAUUCGAGGCGAGACGCACAAGAUGGUGAUGAGCAUAGGAUGGAAUCCGUACUUUGACAACUCGAAGAAGACGAUCGAGCCGUGGCUCCUGCAUGAAUUCGAAAGUGACUUUUACGGAGAAGAGCUCAGUCUCGUUGUCGUGGGGUACAUUCGCCCUGAGGCUGAUUUCACGACGCUAGAGGCGCUCGUUGAGCGCAUUCAUCGCGACGCUGAAGUCGCUCGCGUCGUGCUCGAACGGGAGCCUUUCGUGGGGAAGCGGCAGAUGUUGAUGCCUUGA